AUGCGUGCUUUCUGCCAAAACCGAAUACUUCCAAAGACUUUCAACAAACCUAUCUAUCUUGGACUCGCACACUGCCUUUUUCCUCCUGAAGAACAGCAUUCAUCUGCCGAAACUCAUUUUCACCCUCAGGAGCAAUCCCUGCUUCCUGCAUAUGGACCUACUCGUUGCAUACGACGCAAUCCUGAAAAAGACUGCGGAAUCCGUCCUCAAUGUCCACCUCGAUGGCCCGGGAUGGGCCCAAUGCUCGCUCCCACUGAGAUUCGGAGAAACCAAUCUAAGGUAUUUAUUGGCGAUCUUCCUCGUGAUGCUUCUGAAAGCGAAAUCCAGUCUGCAUUCAAUAAAUAUGGAACAGUAAGAAAUGUAUGGGUGGCUCGAAACCCACCGGGAUUUGCAUUUGUUGAAUUUGAUGACCCUCGUGAUGCCGAUGACGCUAUUCGCAAAUUAGACGGAUCGUGA